AUGCAACAGGUUGCCAUUGGCAUCCUAGUCAGCACACUUGCUCUGGCAGCAGCUAUCGUUUCCUUUAGUCCUGACUCGGGAUCGAAUUCUCAACGCCCAAAGCUGGCUGGUCACAGAGCUCCUCCGGGCUUGAUAUCACUUGGAAGGUUUCAGGGCCUUGCCGAAGUAAGCAGUUCAAACAGCAGUACAGGAUCAAGCAAUUCGUCUGCUCCAACAGUAGCGGCUGCUGCUCCUGCUGAAACCGCAUCUCCUGCUGCUGCCACAAGUUCUGAUGUCAAGAACAACUCAGAGGAUGAUCAAGCACCAAAAGAGAAGACCCAGAUUCAGGAUGAAAAUGGUCUUAGCAUCGCUGCCGGCAUAUGGGCACAAGGUCAUCCACAAGGAGCAGCUAUGGCCAACACAUUGCAGUAUGUCGGAGGCUUUCUCACGCUUGUUGGAGUGGCGUUCCUGCUUUACAGUGAGAUCAAUACUGUAUUCUUUUAUCGGGACAAGGAUGCUGUCAAGGCUGCAGAUUUACAGGGAAUUCACGAUUGUUUAAGUGCGCGCUACUUGGAGAGGGAGUUGUGGUGGGGAAAGGGAUUGCAAUCUCAGUGGCGCGUCACUCUUUCUGGGAUCGGGAUAGCAGGAAUCCUCUUGGGCACUUACUUGUCGUUUUCGUCUGAAUGUCCUAUGGUUGCGUACUUGCAGGCCCAUUAUGACAUGUCCCAGACUACUUACUCAGGGAAUUGUCCUGUGUUGGCCAUUCUUUUGGCUAUUGCCAACGGCAUCGGACUUUCUUGUUUGCUGGCUGGAGUCUCUUGGUCUUGCACUCGAUUGACGUACUCCCUGUUUCUGAUCUUCAUAUCUGUCACCGAGGAUUUUGUGAGCAGCAGUGAUAGUCCAGCUAUCUUGAUCACUUGGAUUUUGAUUGUGUGCGCGUUCUUGGCAGGACUCUGGCAUUACAUUGAAAAUUCAGAAAGUGAAUCGGAUGAGUCGAAUCAAGGACUGUUGGGAUCCAAACCUCGUGAAUUUUGCUAG